AUGUCGAAAAAAUCUUCCAUAACCUUGCUGUAUUACGGAUUGACAUUCAACGUUAGAAACCUAGGUGGUAAUGAUUACAGCAAUGCGCUCAUAGCUGGCGCUGUCGAGAUUCUAGCCUAUUCCACUUCGAUGUAUUAUGUGGAGACACGACUUGGCAGAAAACUCACUCUAUGCAUUUCAACAGUGAUAGCAGCUAUAGGGACCGUGUCAAGUGCAUUUAUACCUCAAUGUGGGAACACAUUAUGGGUAAUGGUUGCUGUGUACAUGAUUGGAAAGUAUGCAACCACCACAGCAUAUGGAGUCACUCAGUUAUACAGUGGAGAGAUUUUCCCAACAACAGUAAGGGCGAUUGGUGUAAUGUCUUCAGUGUCAUUGUCCAUUCUUGUCAGUGCUCUUGCUCCGCAACUUCUAGUACUUCGAAAGGUUUGGAAUCCAUUACCACAACUAGUGUUUGGUGGCUUAUCGAUCAUAUCAGCGUGUCUGGUGUUGAUUCUACCUGAAACACGAGGGAGGAGACUACCUUCCAACAUCCAGGAAGCAGAGAUAUUUGGAAAAAAACAAGAACCUUCUGAAGAAAUGGAUACUGGCCUAAACGUUCAGGACAACAACUACAUUGAGUUGAAGGCGAAAUGAUGAUGCUCUGUCAACACUGUUCUCAAGUAUCUGUUUCUAUCAGUGGUAUUAUAUGACCUUCAUCGCAUUAAAGUAUGAUUGAUUUUCAA